AUGAGCAACAACAGCAAUAAGAGAGCACCAACAACAGCAACCCAGAGGCUGAAACAAGACUACCUGAGGAUUAAGAAAGAUCCAGUGCCUUACAUCUGUGCAGAGCCUCUCCCAUCCAACAUCCUGGAAUGGCACUAUGUGGUAAGAGGACCUGAAAUGACUCCCUAUGAAGGUGGCUAUUACCAUGGGAAACUAAUAUUCCCCAGAGAAUUCCCUUUCAAACCUCCUAGUAUUUAUAUGAUCACACCUAAUGGAAGGUUUAAGUGUAACACAAGGUUGUGUCUUUCCAUCACUGAUUUCCACCCAGACACCUGGAAUCCAGCCUGGUCAGUCUCCACAAUCCUGACAGGCCUUCUUAGCUUUAUGGUUGAAAAGGGCCCAACACUGGGCAGCAUAGAGACAUCUGAGUUCACAAAAAGACAACUUGCUGCACAGAGCUUAGCAUUUAACUUAAAAGACAAAGUCUUCUGUGAGCUCUUCCCUGAUGUGGUGGAGGAGAUCAAACAAAAACAGAAAGCACAAGAAGAGCUCAGCAACAGACCUCCAGCCCUCCCUCUGCCAGAUGUUGUCCCUGAUGGGGAAGCACACUAUGGGCAGAAUGGAAUAGCUCUCCUCAAUGGCCAUGUCCCCCUGGCACCUGCCAACCACCCUGGGCUCCAGCAGCCCAACAGGAACCACCAUGGACUUCUAGGUGGAGCUCUGGCAAACUUGUUUGUUAUAGUUGGGUUUGCAGCCUUUGCCUACACAGUGAAGUAUGUCCUGAGGAGCAUAGCACAAGAAUGAGGAGAUAAAAUAAAGCCAAGACCAAAUUAGCGGUAGUUGCAGAGUGAGUUGGGACUCUUUUAAUGUCACCUGGCUCUGGCACUUGGGGGAAAAUCUUUGUGUUA